AUGUCAAAUCUGUUCAUCUCAACCACGAAUUGUGGUAAAGCUCACGAAGCUGAUAUCUUUGGUCUAGCUGUGUGUGUGCCAUACACUGUAACAUGCUCUGGUGACGGUUCAAUCAAGCUGUGGAAAAACAAACUGUUGGAUAAUGAGAUGGCUAGAGAUCAUUUGAUUACUCAAUUCGUCAGUAAGACUGGAGUCCAUCACGUAGACGUGUUCCAUUCUGUUGAGAAAGGCGGAAAUGAGAUCUGCGUAGUGGCCUGCGUAGCCUUUUCUGGCGAGGUCUUCUUCUAUGAAGUGGAUGUGAAGAAUGGUUCACUCAGGAGUCUAGAUUUACUGUCUGCGAAGGAGAAGAAGAGGUCUUACUGGGCUGUGAGAUGGUUCAAGAGCGAGGACCAGAUCGUGUGCCACCAGUUCGCCGCUACAGACGUCAAAGGAAACACAUACGUUUGGAGAUUCCAUCCUUUCACUCACGAGAUCGAUGAGGAGGCAGCACAGAAGGAGAGGUUGAAGAGGGAGGCAAAGCUGAGGAGGAACAACUUUCAGCCGCUAGAUGAGGAGCCUAAAGAGGAGCACAAUGACCAGAAUGGCACCAAUUUGGAGGUUCAUCUGCAUCUCACUGCGCAAGGGGAGAUUCCGGUGUCACAGCCGGUGUUUGCUACAUCCCUGGACAUUUCGCCCAACGGUUUGAUUGCGACCGGAUUCGCUAAUGGUAGCGUAGUCGUUUCGCAGCUCAGUACUUUGAGGCCUGUCCAUAGCUUUGAGGGUUUCGAAAUACAGGGUGUGGAACAAAACAGCAAUACAGUUCGUGCUGUUAGGUUCUCGCCCUUGGGAACGCUGCUUGCUGUUGCGAACGACUCUGGAUCGUUCGGUUGUGUCACGCUGUAUGAAACAGAAUACGGCGAACGGGUAGGAUCGCUAUCGGUACCGACUCAUAGCUCUCAAACAAGCAUAGGGUCUUUCGCUCAUGACGGAUGGGUCUUUGACUUAUCCUUCAACACCACCGGCGAAACGCUGGCGACAUGUGGUUAUGACGGAAAAGUCAGAGUCUGGGAGGUUAAAUCAAGAGAACGGGUCUCUACAAUCAAUCUUACGGCAAAUGAUAUCGAAGACGAGAAAGAGAUCUUGCUUGAAGAUGAGAAUGGCAAUUCCCUGAAAGUUCCACCGGUAUUCGGCGUCAGCUUCAUUGCCAAAGGUGUUCGUGGUGGUAUGGGUAGUGAUUCGAACGAAGGAUUAUGUUGUGUAUGUAUGGACCGGAGUGUAAGGUGGUUUAGAGAAGCUGGUGGUGCUUGA